UGCUAUCAGCUCCGCUCUUCCGGUUUCUCGGCAGUCGGCAGAGGGAGUUCAGCCGAGCUGACCUGAACCGAGGCGGACAGUUUCCACUGUUUACUCACAUAAACGACCCUCAAACUCUCAAACGCAGACCCCCGGGGAGGCAGCUCAGACUCUUCCGAGAGGAGAAAGGGGGUCGCGUCUCUGUCGGAGCGGGACCGGAGCCCCUGUUCCCGGAGGAAGCGCGGAGAUUCACCUGAGCGCCUCACCGAUGACACCUGUAGCCGCGGCGGCGGCGGCGGUGGUUGUUUUGGUCGCCGCCUCGAGGCUGACGGCUCAGGCCGAGCUCCUGUAAACACACACCGGCUCCUCUGAGCUCUCUCGGCGCCGCUGAGGAUGAAGGUGACGGUGAACUUCGGCAGCACUGGGGUGGUCGUGCCCUGCAAAGAGGGCUGGAUGGUGCGCGACCUGAUCGUCCAGGCGACUCAGAGAUACAGGAAGAUUGUGGAACAGGAUGGGGAGUUCCUGGUGCGGACACACCACGUGGAGUAUAUGGACGGGGGGAUCCUGGACCCGGACGACAUGCUUACAGACCUGGUGGAAGACAGGGAUAAGCUGAUAGCCGUGUAUGAGGAGAUGGAGCUCCAGCAGAGGGCAGUGGCGAGUCCAGGGGGCAGCGUGGUGUCCAGCUACUCCAGCCCUGAGCCCUCAGAGCCUGAGCUGGGCAGCCUGCAGCCCGGCAGUGAGAUCGAGGUCACCUCCAGCGCUCUGAAAUCAAACACGCCUCUUCUGGUCAGAAGCAGCAGUGAGUCCAUACUGUCGCCGCCCUUGGAGACUGGGAUUCCUGAAGUGGACAACUACAGCAGCAGACCACAGACAAUGGGAGCCGGCCAUGUGCUGACCGUGAAAGGUGGAAGCAUGGACAGACUGAAGGAUGACAUCCCACCAUCCAGGGCAGGCCAGUUCUCCACCAGCACUCUCACCAGGACGGUGGAGAUCUCUGGAGAACUGGGGCCUUUGGGGAUUAAAGUUGUUCCAUAUUGUUCCUCACUGAGUGGAAGGACUCUAGGCCUCCACGUUAAAGGCAUCGAGGAGAACAGUCGCUCGAAGCGAGAGGGCAUCUUUCAGGAGGACGAAUGCAUCGUACAGAUCAAUGACACUGAGCUAAUAGACAAGUCUUUUGCUCAGUCACAGGAGGUCUUCCGCCAGGCCAUGUCCUCCCCACUUGUACGCCUUGAGGUGCUGCCCGUAGCCAGCAAGCUCAACUACGAGAAGAGCCUCAUUGGCCAGCUGUUCAGUGGCCCUGAAUCCGUCCACCACACUGUCCCCAAGAUCAAGAGCCCUUUCCUGCUUCGCAAGGGCGACGGCAAAGCCACUGACCACCUGGUGUGGCCGAGCUCCGAGACCCCACCUCCAGAGGAAACCCCACCUCCUGUAAGGCAUGCUCCCAUGGAGGCAGAGCGUCGCCAGGAGACCCCACCUCCUCCCGUCAGUGCCUCACCCACUCCCAAGGGUCACAGUGAAAGCCCCGCCUCCAGAAGAAGCCCCGCCCUUGCCACUCUGCCAAACACGGCUACCAAGAAGGGCAGCAAGAAGAUGAAGAUAAAUCUUACAAAAGGUACAGAAGGGCUUGGCUUCACUGUGGUGACCAGAGACGCCUCUGUGCACGGCCCGGGGCCUAUCUUGGUCAAGAGCAUCCUGCCCCGUGGAGCUGCUGUGAAGGAUGGACGCCUGCAGUCUGGGGAUCGCAUCUUAGAGGUGAACGGAGUGGACAUAACUGGCCAUACGCAGGAGGAGCUGGUGGCUAUGCUGCGGAGCACCAAGCUGGGAGAGACUGUAUCGCUGGUUAUUACCAGACAAGAGGAGCUGUUUUUACCCAGAGAGCUGAAAGGAGAACCGUCAGGACCGCCGCUUUCUGAAGAUGGCCGAGAGCACCUGAUGUUUGAGGUUCCUCUGAAUGACUCAGGCUCUGCUGGCCUCGGAGUCAGCCUGAAGGGCAACAAGUCAAGAGAGACUGGAGAGGACCUGGGCAUCUUCAUCAAGUCUGUCAUCCAUGGAGGAGCUGCUUUCAAGGAUGGGCGUCUCCGGGUGAAUGACCAGCUUGUGGCUGUCAACGGUGAAUCCCUUCUCGGUCGCUCCAACCAUGACGCCAUGGAGACCCUGAGGCGUUCCAUGUCCAUGGAGGGCAACCUGCGAGGAACCAUACAGCUGGUGGUUUUGCGAUCUUUGGAGCGCCCCCCUGCCCAGGAGAACAGUCAGAGCCAGGCCAGAGAGAGCCCUCCUGUCCAGCGGGCAGAGAACAGCCAUGCCGGUGGUGUUCCACAGCCCGCGAUGGUGACCAAUAGCAUCUAUGAACGCGCUCCAGGACCCAUCACCAUGUCCAAUGGUAGACAUAAAGUGCACGAGGAAGACUAUGGUGAAGAUUUCCCCCCUCCUCCUGAUCUGGAUAUGAUGGAGCCAGGUCCCAGUGCUCAACAGAGCUACCAACAAAACAGAACGGAAAGGGAACUGCCAGGCCGUCCAGCUCACCAACAUCAACAGACCCAGAGAGCGCCUGACUACCCAACAAAGGCUUCCAAAAGCAUGGAUCUAGUGGCGGACGACAGCAAACUUGGUGUCAUGCAAGCACAGAGAGCUGCACCCUCGAUGUCCAGUGGCCAGCCUUUGGGUCCCACGCUGGGCCUGUACAAGUCCAGCUCUCUGGAGAGCCUGCAGACAGCAAUGGAGGAGGCCAGCAAGAGCGAAGUGCCCUUCCACCGACCCACCACGAACAUGGUGCGCGGCCGUGGCUGCAACAUGAGCUUCAGACAGGCCAUCGACAAGUCCUAUGACGGGCCGUCCGAGCCUGACGACGAUUACUCGGAUGACAGCUCAGGCAGGGACACUCCUGCCAGUGGCUCCUCGCGCCAAGAGCUCGAGGACGGGGCUAAGGAGAAGAAGAAGAAGACCAAAAAGAAGAAGGAGAAGAAGAACAAGGCCAAGAAGAAGGAUGAGGUGGUAGAGGACCCGGAGAAGAAGACCAAGAAGAAGGGAUUUGGACUGUUGAGGUUUGGAAGGAAGAACAAAGAAGAUAAGGCCAAAGCCAAAGCUAAGUUGGGCGCGCUGAGUGAAGAAGAAGUCGAUAAGAGUGAAGCUGAAAUGCUCCCACAUGCACCGGAGGUGGACGGUUCAGUCCCUAACCAAGCAUCCUUUCCUGAUGUGGAGGAUGAUGAUUUCGACCCAAACUACGCCCGUAUCAACAACUUCAGAGAGCCUCCACCUCCUAGCUACUCACCUUUUAUGAACCGUACGCCCUCUCCUCACCACCCCCAGCCCACAGCCACUGCCCACAGUGGACCACCAGCUAAUGAAGUCCCACUAGAAGGACUCUACGCAAAAGUCAACAAGCCAAAGUCUACUGCCCCACCACCGAUAGCUGACAGUAAUGAAGCUCGUCUGCAGCAGAUUCGAAGCCAGCUGCAGCAUUUAAAGCCUGCUCCAUCUUAUGCUGAAUCAGGGGCUGGCCACAGAGUCCAGGAGUACGACCCCUCACGGAUAAGAGGCCCUGAGUCCCGUGCUGCUCCAAGAUAUGAAGACAUUGAUCGACAGUAUACAAACAGACGAAAUCCCACAGAAGACUAUCCCUCACAGACGUGGGCUGGCCAGAAGGAAGCGGGACGUUACCCAAAUCCCAGCCCCUCCUACGGUGGAAACCUGGCCAGGGAUCCCUCCAGCAACCGGCCAGGUUCACCUCGGCUCCCCAUGCCCCGACCUGAAGGCCAGGGCGGGUACUACCCAUCACCUCCCCCUGUGCAGAGGGGGCCGCUCAGACAGGACGUCCCCCCAUCUCCCACUCCGGGCAAGCGGGCAGCACCCAGCUACGAAACUGUGGCUAAGGGAGGCUACCGUACUGCCAACCAAGACCAGUAUGGUGCUUACGGAGACGGACAGUACCCGGACCCCCGACAGAAAAAACCUGUGAUAGGGGCUGUGUAGAGUAAGGCUUAUGAUGUUAGUGGCUAAUGUGUGUCUUGUGUGUUUAAGAAAGUUCUAAAGAUUUUGAAGGAACAUUCUGAAGGACCAUACACUGUAAAUCCAUAAGUUUACAGACACCUUCUCAUCCAAUGUUGUUCCUCUUUUGCUGCAGUAACAGCAUCUACUCUUCAGGGAAGGCUUUACACUAGAUGUUGGAGCAUCGCUGUGAGGAUUUGAUUGAGCAUUAGUAAGGUCAGGUACUGAUGUUGGAUGAUCAGUUCUGGAUCACUCCAACUCAUCCCAAAGGUAUUGGAUGAAGCUAAAGCACUCCAGAGAACACAGUUCCACCACUCCACAGUCCUAUGCUGGGGGUCUUCAUAUUAGAUCCUUUAUCGGGCCUGACAUUUUGGUCUAAACCUGAAUGCAGCCCAAGAACUUUUUGUCCAAGUCUGACUUGACCUUAACAACAACAUCAUAUUUUGAGUCACAACCCAACCAGAGCCCAACGGUUUUGUCUGCACCCCAUCAUCAAGGAAUGUUUGAAUCUGUUUUAGGACCAACAUAAUUCUCUCGAAGCUGGCCUGGACUGGUCCAUCAUUUCCCAAAUUGCUAAAUAAAAUGUGACUGGAUAGCACCAGUUAAGCUAUCCCAUAGUGGCAAUUAAAGUCAUCAUUAGAUCACAGACAAAUGAAAUAAAAACAAUAUAGAAUAUUAUAUAGCAAAUGACUUAGCUGUCAAAAAUCAGGUUAAAUUCCAUUUCCAUUAAUUUGUCAAGAAAUGGAAAAUGGAACUCUCCUUAAUGUACACUUUCACUUGCCUUCUGGACCUGUGCUAAAUUCAUGAGUAGCUGACUAGAAUUUCAAAACUGUUUUAAGGUAAUGACCAGCAUUGGCACUGGGCAUAGUGCCCUCAAGUCCAUCUCCUCCCGAGUAUGCCAUUCUAUCUGCAUUGCAUUUCUAUGGAGAUUAUACAAGCUGUUCGUCUGCAAAUGAUGAACGUCCCAGUGGGUGCACCUUAAAGUAGCUGAAUUCACUAAUUAGAAGGGGUGUCUGGAUACUUUUGGACAUAUAGUGUAUUUGCUUGCUUUAACUGGUAUGAAAAGGUCACCAAAACCUGUAUGUAGAGCCCAGGUUGCCAACCCUGGUCCUGAAGUACCCCUGCAGAUCUUGGUGGUUUUUAUGCUACUAAACAAUAGUCUCUCAAGGCCAGACUUGAUGUCUUACAACCAUGAGAAAAAUUGUGCCCUAAUAUGGGUGGGAACGUAGACUUGUUAGGGUGGGAAGAAACUUGAACGUGAAUCUAUCCAGUGGCUCGUAAAGAAGGAGCUCAAACUAGAUGGUGCACUCGUCAACAUUGUCCGGCAGACAACAAGCCUGUCGAUAGCCCAUGGAUGUAAUGUAAGUUAGCAUGGCUGAAAGGUCCCCCGAUGAAAAAACAGUUGCAUGUACUGUUUCAAGAGAAAAACAGUUUUCUUAGCUAACAAUCGCGUUUUGCUAGCUUGUUUUGCUUGUGCAGUCGCUUGCGCUCUGGAUCCUUCGGGAUUGUUCUUGGGAAUUGGUGGGAAAGUUUCAGAGGGGGCAUAUCCUCAUUUCUAAAAGGUUUCGUUGUAAUCCAACACCCAAAGUUUAACAAGUCGUUCUCUGACUUGUACUCUUGUUCCAAGACCACGUCUGGCCCCACGAGACUAAUUACAAACUUGAUCCAUGUAAUCAGCUUUUGAAUAGCUUAUGAAGUAGAUAUAUUAGAGCAGGGAAAACAGGGUAUUCCAGGACCAGGAUUUGGAACAAGGUAAUAGCGAUGUUUGUGGCUAAUCUGCCUCUUGAGGUUUUCGGAAUUUCUAGAUUUUGAAGGAUGAAUUUUUUCUCAGAAAAUAUUUGCUUGCUUAACGGAAGUGAAACAAAUGCCAAAAUCCUACAUGGAACAAAAAGUUUGCAAUUCUUUGUAAAUGAUGUUUGUAUUUUUUGCUUGUUUAACAUCCGACCCUCAUAUCUGCUGACCCAGCAGUGCAGGUUCUCUUUUGUUGUGCAUUCCACAGUCAGUAACUUAAAUCAAUAUAUGCAGAUCUAUUUGUAUUUUGUAUACGUAUUCAGUCGCGUGUAUCUAACUCAUCGCCGCUGUCUGAUGUGGGUUCUACUGUAGAUAACGUUUCGUCUGUGGUUUUCGACGGUCAUUAUCUGUGUGGUUUUCCUCAUGGCUUCAGGCUGUGGUUUGCCAGUGCAUGUUAUCUGAUAACAGAUAGUCUCUGUUUUCUCAUAGCAACAUCUUGAAAGACGACUCGCUCUCUGCAGCGUCUCCUGAAUGAAUAGGUGCCUUAUUGUUGUUCCGAGGACAAAUUAUGUUGUGAUUAGUUGGUAAUGAGAAAACGAGUGUGUGGUGGUGAUUAACAGCUAGUCAUGUUGCGUUUCGGGUCUUGCUAAUAGGAAUCUGCUAAUGUUGUUUAUGUUGUUGUUUAGAGUUUUAAUGAAGAGAGCUCCAGUGUGAGCAUGGUGCACCCGAAAACUCUGAGGCAAUGAGGAACUUAUUGUCUUUUUUUGUGAAUCUAUUUGUGUAUAUACUGGGGUGUUAGGUCAAUCAACCAUAGCCAAAAAAAAAUAAAAUUUCAGGUUAAUUUGAUGAUGACAGUAAUAUUGGUUUUAAUGUGGGGAUUCUUGGUGGGGAAUUUUGUAUGUUUGUGAAAUUUUAACCCAUAAAUGCCACCUUUCUUAAUCCUUUAUAUGAUAAAAUAGAUUCUUCUGUAAAGACUAAGUUUCUGAAACCUGCCAUUUAGCCAAUGAUUGUGCCUCUCUACCCUGCUACAAUCUAUAAUUAAAGCUUUUUUAUAAGGUGUAAAACUUAUGCAAGGUAAUUUAGAGCCAAAUCGAAGGUACUGUAGCGGCUUUUCUUUCCCUAUUUAUUUCCAUGAUUUAUUUUUUGAAGGCAAGAGAACAAAUUCUAUGAAAUGUGUAUUUUAUCUAUAAGAAUCUUCUACCUUAUGUGUUACUUUGUUAAGUUUAUAUUCUGUCUUUUGAAAAAUCAGUUUGACAAUCUUGUAAGUAUCUAAGAUGAGCCAGUUGAUUUAUCUUGUUAUGCCAUUUUUAUUUUGUAGCAUGUUUUUCAAUAAAAGUGAAGAUGAAAUU